AAUUAGCUCACCUUACAGUGAAAUCUUUGUACAAACGAAAGCUUAAUACAUACAUUAAUGGCAACCUUGAAAAUGUCGAGUGUUAUCCUAAAUUCAUCAGCAGUUUCUGCUGCCGCCAGACAAAGAGGGCUAAUUAAGGCCGCCAUUAACAUUUCUUUACCGGGCCUUCGAUCUCGAGGAGGAUUAAUGGCGGAGGAAAUGGAAGUUAAGAAGAAACAGAUGAGCCCUGUCAAAAUCCCGACGACAAUCCGGCGAACUAAUGAUCGGAGCGACGCCGCCGAUCCGGCGGCGAUGGCGAAGCUUUACGCGGUCAUGGAGGCCGUGGCGGAUAGGAUUGAGAUGCACAACAACAUUGGAGACCAAAGGGCAGAUUGGAAUAGGCUUCUUUUGACAUCGAUCAACACUAUUACUCUCGCCGCGGCCACCAUGGCGGUUAUUGCCGCCAUCAACGGCGGCGCUGCCGUGAAAUUCUCUUCCACCGCCAUGUACGCCGCGGCGACUGGUAUGCUGUCGAUUGUUAACAAAAUUCAGCCGUCGCAGCUGGCGGAGGAGCAGAGAAAUGCCGUCAGGCUAUUCAAGCAGAUUAAAAAUCAAAUCGAAACCCUGAUUUCAAUUGGGAAUCCGACGAACGAUGACGUGAAGGAGAUGAUGGAGAGAGUGCUGGCCCUCGACAAGGCAUUCCCGCUCCCCCUUCUCGGCGUCAUGCUCGAGAAGUUCCCGGCGGCGAUGGAGCCGGCGGUCUGGUGGCCGGAGCAACGACGGCGGCGACAGCUUAAACAAAAUUCAGGUUCCAACAAUGGCUGGAAUGGGAAAUUGGAGGAAGAAAUGAAGUCAGUCGCGAAAGUCUUGAGAAUUAAAGACAAAGAAGAUUACAUAAAAUUGGGAACUAAAGCUCUGAAUCUCAACAAAUUCCUCGCCGUCACCGGGCCAGUGCUGACGGGGUUGGCCGCCGUGGGCUCCGCUCUGGUGGAUUCGCCGACCCACGGCGGUUGGGCGGCGGCGCUAGGAGUCGCCGGCGGGGCGCUGGCGAGUGUUGUGAACACGAUUGAGCACGGGGGACAAGUGGGAAUGGUGUUCGAAAUGUACCGGAGCAACGCCGGAUUCUUUAAAAUGGUGGAAGAAUCAAUUGAAUCGAACCUGAGGGAAGAGGAACCGGAGAGAAGGGAGAAUGGAGAGAUAUUUGAACUGAAGAUGGGAUUACAGUUGGGAAGAAGCUUGUCGGAGCUCAGAAAUCUGGCGGCGAUGGCGGCGGCCGUCGACAGGGAAGAAGACAUUGAUGAGUUUGCAAGCAAGCUUUUCUGAUAGCCCAUUUGCAUGCAUGGGUAGACGAUGACAAUUCUUUUUAUUUAUGUAAUUGUAGGAAAUACGUGUAAAAAUCAGAAUAAAUAAAUAAAUAAAUUCUUUAAUUGAUUGUAUACAGUGAAUUCCUUUUUGAUCCAUUCAUUAACUAAUUGGGUGAGUACGCAGAAUUU